AUGUUUCCAGCAAUAAGAUUAACACCAUUCGAUGAAGCACUCAGACCAUCAUUUCUUGAUACCAAAGAGAUUCAUGUGUGCAUAUCUAAUCUAGGAUACUAUUAUUCCAUUGGACUUUAUAAUCAAAUGAAUGAAUUGCAUAACUUAUCAAAACUUAUGUUUAGCGAGCUGGAAAAGGAUUUCUUUGCACUCAAUGAUCGAAUUAAAGCCAUUUCAGAAAGAAUUAGUAAUUUCAAGAGGAAAGCUCAAACAAUAAUAGAACAUAAUCAAACACUAUCUCCUCAAGCAUUUGCUCAAAAUUCUUGCGUUCAAAACAAAAUGCCAAAUGAUACGAUAGUUCAAGAUGCAAGGCUUGACAAAGCUGAUGUUUUUGUGCAAAAACUAUUAGACAAAGCAUAUCCUCCACCUUCUCUCGAGAAGUUUCAAUGCGUUAUUCCGAAUUACAAAGAUUUAGAAAAACAAAUUUCAGAUCCUAAUCAAUUUGCAGAACAAUAUAAGCAAGAACUCCUUUCUAAGUAUAAAGAACUUGUUCAAAAUGCGCAAAGGAAAAAGAAGCCUCAUGUCACCUUUAAUGAAACAAAACAUGAUGAAAAAUCAAGAACAAUGUUGAAUGUUUACGUCCAAACGAUAUCUCCUCCAUCAGUCACGUUACUAAUACCUCCUCCACCUGGCCAAACUUCUGGAUGGAGAGAUUACGCAUUAAAAGAAAUGAAAGCUACACCAGCACAACAAGGUAAUGAGUCAGCAGCACAAUACAUUGCUCCUGCUCCAUCUGUUGCUCCUUCUGUAAGAGUAAUGAACAGAAAGCCACAAAAUACAAACAUUUCACCACAAAGACAAACAGCUGUUGAAAACUCUCAGCAAUUAUAUUCAAGAGAGACACAAAAUUAUACAGAACAAGCUCAAAUUUCUGCACCUCAGAAGCAAAUUGAAGAAAGCAAACCAUUACCUCCACCACCUCCUCCUGUUGCAGCUCCAAAUGUAGAACCACCUAAGCCUUCUGUUGCAGCUCCAGCCCAAGCACCUAAAGCUACUCUUGGACAUCUUGAUUUAAUCAAACAAGGAGGAUUUAAACUCAAGCCCGUCAAAAAAGAAGAAAAUAAGAGCGAAAUCAGAGAAGAUAUUGAUCCAAGCUUGCUUACCGUUGGUGAACUCCUUGCAAGAGUUGCAAAAAUCCGCGAAGAUACAAAGUUGUCGGAUGAUGAAGAUGAAGAAACAUCUAGCAAUACAUCAUACGAUUGGUGA